GGUUCGCGCCAACUGUUUCUUCGACAGUCUGACGAGACUCGUCGCGACAUUUUCAUCUCAAGUUAUUCCGAAAUCAUCCUAUUGCACGUAUAGUAAUUAUUAAACUCGACAUACGGGAUCGUAUCGGACUUGCCACAGAGCGAGAAUUUUCAGAGAAACGUCCGAAAUACGUCUACGCUAAUCAACACCCGGACCAAAUUUUCUCGACUUGAUAAACGGACCGCAGAAUGCGCCUGCAGGAAGCGCUGAGGCAAACAGGCCUGGGGAUCUUCCUGGUCUUCACUCUCUCCCGAAGGUUUGUCGAUCCGGCACCCUUGGGAGGAACCGCAGAUACACCAGCUGCCAAUGUACACGAGGAUUCGGAUGUCGAGCAGCUGCAGACCCUGAAGCAUUCGAUCGGAAACACAUUGGCAGCAAUGAAAGCACAGGCCGCUGCGCAUGCAGCCGAGGUAGCUAAAACGGCUGAAGCAAUUGCCGCAUCCGCGGCAUCAUCCCAGGCAAACAGCACCGCUGCGCUAAAUUCACCCCAGGAUACCCGCGGAUCACUGGUCCAAGCCGAUGAGAAGGAGGUCUCUCGCGAAUCGCCGGCGUUAGUUACUUCCGCUCCUAGACCACUUCCACCUUCUCUGGUUCCCAGGGGUCAAGCGGAAGUCAUACACGGUGAACACCAACGCCAAAACACACCGACGCCACCCGGUGUAUCUGGAUCAGUUCCAGCCGAUUCCAUCAUUCCUCCCGCUCUCCAGUCUCCCGAACAACUAACAUUCAACGGACAGAGGCGGUCCUACGCCUCUCGGGAUCUUUCAAACGCCAUCGAGAGAAUGGACAAAUUGGCAGCAUACGCGAACGCCCAGUAUUCGCCGAUGGACAUGGCCGAGUACGUAUUUAGAACCGGAGACGAGAAGGGAGUUACUUUGGCCGUAGAGGAGUUCCUGCAGCAGGGAUUGAUGACACGCGAUGAAGCAAUAGCCUUUCUACAGGAGGUCAAGUACAACCUGGAUUACUUGCAAGCGCACUACAUUCAGAACAAGGAAAGAGCAAGCCGUGUUCAAAAGGCGUUAGAGAACGCCGAGAUGCAAGCUCAGAAUCGGGCGAUGGUUAAGGACUACCAAGAUAUGGUGGAGCCGUUAAAGAAAAGGAAAAUGGAGCCGGUCAACGACAUACAGGUCAGCAACUUGAUCAAAGAAUCGAGCCAAGAUACUCCGGCCCACGCGGGUGUCGGGGCGGUCGAUGUUGGCAUGGGUAUGUUCCCGGAGGAUGCCGAUUAUGAGGAACUCCUCGAAAGACUCCGCGUCGCAGAUUUCCUCUACACUCAGUAUACCCUUGAGGAAGUGAUUUAUCAGCUGGCCAACGUUAUGUUCGCCCAGUCUCUCGCUAGGGGUAGUACGCAGGUACAAGAAGCUAUUCAAAAGUUCACCAGCUUUCUCGAGGCGGAAGCCGCUCAAGGACGCAUUUCCAUACCCCUGGAGAAGAAAAUCCUUGACGUUUUGAUCGCGUCUCUCUCCGAUACGCUAACGAAGCACCCGGACCUCGUCCCCACGGCACGCGAGGGUCUUGGCGGUCCAGCCCUGCAGCCGAGCGGACGAUUUCUUCAGGAAUUACUAUUGUCGCGAGCUCCGGCUCGGCUCCCGAAUCAGGAACCACUCAGGAACCACGAGACUCCGUCUCAGCUCGGUCUCACCAAGUACAUGCACCGGGCGUAAGGGAUUCCUCUUCAAAUAAAUCUAUACUUUCAUUCUUUAUCUCUCUAUCCUUCGCAUUUUUUCCCCAUUCUCGCCCCCUUUCCUGUUCUCUAUUCUGCGACAAGUACUAUCUUCUGAAAAUCUAGUGACAAAUACUACGGUCCAAUUAUGCCGAAAAAACUAAAAAAUAUCCUAGUUGCAGGAAAGAUUUCGGACUAUAAGUCACCAUAGUGCAAAAAAAACAAGGUAUGCACCCCGUGUGUGUUCCAAGGGGUGUUUCACCGAUGAAAAAAUUGACAGGAUGAUUACGUAUUUCGUGAUUACCUUUUCACAUUUCACAGAGUAAUUACGAGAGAUUACUUGACAAAUAAAUUUUACUUUGAUCACGUGAUUUCUGAUGAUUCCCAAGGUUCAUGUAAAUUAUUAAGAUUACAAAGUGGCUGUAAUCCUAAAUAAUUUCUCAUUACUACCGAUAAUUACUUCGAUAAUUACCGAUUUCAGUGUGAUUUUGGAAAUUAUAAAGUGAUUUCGGAGAUUAGGAAAUGAUUUCGAAUGAUAUUGUCACCUGAAUCGCUUCGGUGAAACACCCCCUAAGCGUAUCCCUUAACAUUCAACUUAUUUUCUACCCUCUACAAUUACCACAUAAUCUUGCCACAAGACGAUAGCCGUUAUACUCGUAACACGGUAUAUUAUUAUUCAUGUAGAACGAGUUAAAGUGAGUAAAUAAAGCUUCCUCGGCUUGACAAGAGAAAUUCUUACUGAUAAAAAUUCACGUAUUAACGUACAAGAUAAAGAUAAUAUACGAAAUUUCGAAAUUAUCUGUUGCAUUGCAAAGAGGAGGUUCUCUUGUAGGUAGAUUGACUGGUGAUCUAAUUUUAAUCAAUAACUUUAACAAAUAGGCAUUUCGCGAUGAGAAAACUUUAUAGGGAUACCGCCUGUUAAAGAUCUAUUCUCACUAUACUAUAUGGACUUUAUCAGUUCUCAAGGGUAAUUCGUUCGUAAACGUUCGAGAAAAUACCGGUUUUUGAUUCGAAGUUAGCAUUACGUGUAGGCAUUUUGAAAUGAAAUAAUUAGAAAUUAACUCGUGUGUGUUAAUAUUAUGUACACUUUACGAUUCCUUUGAUAUACUUUGCUAAAAUUGUAAAAUAUUGACCAAUUUGAAAAUUCACUAAAAAUUGCAAAUUUGUAGCGUAUAUCGUAAAAUGAAUAUCAUAUUGUAAUAAUAAGCAAUGCUGUGCUAUAUUUCUGGCAAAAAAAAAAUAUGGUAUUUCUAAAAGUUGAAAUAUACACGAAAGAUUGUUACAAGAUAGCUUCUUCGAGACAAACGCUUCGUUGAUAAAGGUCUUAAUUCGAUAUUACAGGGUGGAGCUAGAGUACCUAUUUUAGCCGAUGAAUCCAUCUAGCUUGUGGUUUAAUGCUCAAGCUGAAUUAAUCUCGAGUCAUUAUAACAUAUCUAUUGUACAUCAAUCGUGUACAAAAAUUUACAUUUCAAAAAAAUUAACAACCCAAUAUCAAU